AAGGGGCGCAGCGCUUCGCAGAGCGGCCGGGUGGCUGCGCCUCCCCUCACCCCGCCCCCUCCUCCUCCUCCUGCCUCCCCGGCCGGGCCCGACCAGGAGCGGCCUCACGCUGUCCGGCCCCCGGGGCCGCGGGCCGGGGAGGACCGGUUGGUCCUUGGGGCAGCGAGGGAGCUACAGAAGAAAAUUCCAGAGUUGGAUGGGAAUCGCUCCAGAAGUGGCAACAUGGACUUCUUCAGUCGUGAGAAUCUUAGCAACAGCCAUCUUAGCAACAGCUCUCCCCUCCAGGUUAAUGGGAAGAGGGCUAGUGUCCCAUGGCAUAACUAUUUGACUCAACUGAUCAGUAUCAACCCUAAGCACAUACCUCAAAUCAUCCCAUUGGUGUGCAUCAUCAUUGUAUUUGGAGGACUUUUGAGGACUCGCUUAAAAGAUUUACGGAUUCUUAUUCCUCUAGUACUAUUUCUCCUCGGUUGUGGUCUUGAAAUAUUAAGUUUCUCAUCUUAUGAGGUUCAAAAAUAUACAGAUAUCAUAGAAUGGAUGACUCCUUUCUUAUAUAUUCACUUGUUUACACCAGCAAUUAUAUUUUCAGUUGCAUUUGAAAUGGAAUUUUAUAUGUUUCAGAAAUUAUUUUGGCAGAUUAUACUUCUUUCAAUUCCUGGCAUUUUUCUGAAUUAUUUUUUAAUUAAUUGGUAUCUGUCAACGAUGAAUAAGUAUAAGAUGAAAAGGAUUACCCGCUCCUUGGUUUCACUCAUCCUUGGCUCUAUAGAUCCCAGCUUGUCUGCAGCUUGUAUAAAAGACCUAGGUCUUUCAAAAGGCCUCAUUAACUUAAUUAAAGGAGAAUGUUUGUUGACUGCUGCUUGCACUGUUAUUAAUUUUAAUCUCAAUUUACAAAUUUACAACCAUCUGCAGGCCAAGCCUUUCUCUACAUUAGGUAAACAGAUAUAUGAAAUCCCAUUGAAAAAAUAUGUACUAAGUUGUAUAUUUGGCUAUUUUAGUUCAAAAGUGUUCAUGUUUUGGCUGAUUAAUACAUUUGGUGAUGAUAUCACAGAAGCAGCUCUUAGUUUCUCAUCGGUAUACAUCAUUUUUUAUCUGGCUGAAUGGUCUGGCAUGUCUGGAAUUCUUUCUCUCGCUGUUUUAGGGCUUUUUUUAAAUUCAACCAGUUUUAGACCAGGAGCUGAGCUCUUCCUUUUCAAAUUCUGGAAAUGUAUAACAUUUUUCGCAAUUGUUAUGGAGUUCACCCUUAUUGGAAUUCUUGUCCCUGCUCAUUCUUACGUGACUCUGUCAGUCGAUGAUAUAUAUUAUGCAGUACAGUUAUACUUUACAUUGAUUGUUUUAAGAAUUAUGGUUCUUUUGGUUCUGAAUCCUUUUUUGAGUUACCUUGGAAAUGGUUUUAACUGGCGCUGGGCUAUUACGCUGGUGUGGAGUGAAAUGAGGGGACUUCCCAAUAUAAAUAUGGCCCUCUUAUUUUCCUACAACAUGAAUACCAUGAGUUCGGAAAGGAUAAGAGCUAAGGUAUUGCUUCAAGUAGUGAUGUUAUGUUUAAUUACCUUGAUUGUGAAUUCAUUCACUUUGCCCUGGGUUGUUACCCAAUUAGGCCUCCGUGAUGUCACCUUAACAAAACGUAAAUCACUCUAUUACACCGUUCAGCAUUUCCAGGAAAUAAUCUCCACCACAGCUUCAACUUUAAAAUUUGACAAAGAUCUUGCCAAUGCAGAUUGGAAUUUGGUUGAGGAAUCAAUUGUGUUUAAAAAUCCAUAUCAAUUCAGCCCAGAAGAAUCACCAGAACCCCUCAAAGUCAAAUGCCCAGAUUGUAACAAGGAAUUAGGUGAAGGAAUAGCCAACCCUGAAGCAAUGGAACUAGCCAGAGUCCGCCUCCUGUCAGCCCAAAUUGCGAGUUACAAGAGGCAGUACACGAAUCAGAUUUUGAGCCAGGAUGCCGUCCAAGUUUUGGUAGGCGCUGCAGCAAGCUUUUGUGAUAAAAAAGGAGAAUAUAUGAACCUUCAGGCGAUAAGGACUUAUUCUGAAAGCAAAAAAUUACUGCAUCUCCUGAGAAAAUUGUUGCUGAAUUGGGUAUAUAAUACAAAAAAGGAGAAAGGAAUCCCAUCAAGAAACCAGAUUCUUUUUCUUUGUCACAAGAUAGUGUUUACUGAUGAAUUUGAAUACACUGGCUACCUUGCUAUAAUGUUGAAUUUGGCUCCCAUUAUCAUUUCUUGGCUACCUGUCCUGAGCAAAAUCUAUCAGGAAGAAACUAGAAGGGCCAAUCAUUCUUUCCUUAUCUUUUACAUAGUGGAAGCAAUUCUCAAGAUCGCAGCAAUGAGAAGUGGGUAUUUCUCACAUGCCUGGAACCUGUUUGAGUUAACCAUUACAUUAGGCGGCAUCGUAGAUGUCUUCCUUACUGACUUCAAGGGUGAUAAGUACACCUAUGAUAUGAGUCAAGUUGUGGUUUCUUUUAAAAUUAUUCGAUUCCUUAGAGUGCUUCGUAUUCUGAAGCUCAUAACACCAAAGAUGUUGCGUAUACUGGAUAAAAAACUGAGUGACCAGCUCUCCUUUAGGUAUGCCAUAUUAAAAGGAUAUGUCCAAGGUGAAGCAGACAUAACAUGUAUAAUUGACCAGAUUGCUGGUCGUAAAUCAGUGGCACGGGUGCUGCAUAAACUUGUAUCAAAGAAUGCUAAGCAGGGUCUGAAAGAACUAGGGUAUUUAGAGUAUGAUCACCCAGAUAUCGCCAUCACCAUGAAAACGAAACAGGAAAUUAAUGCCAUACUCCAUCUGGCUUUAGAAAUCCUUAGGAGUUUGCAACUAAGAGGAAUUAUUAGUAAAGCAGAAAGUUCAGGAAUGCAUAAGAUGAUUCUUUUCAAAAGGAAAGCCAUGUUAGAUUUUCCAUCUUUCAUCAAAGCUCCCUCUAUUAAAGAAAUGUUAAACCAUGUUACAUGGCUAGAUAAAAAUGAAGUCCAUAUUAAUUUCAUUCAGGAGAAAGUCAAAAUUUUGACCUUUGACUGUGGGAAUUAUAUAUUUGAAGAAGGUGAAAGGCCUCAAGGAAUCUAUCUGAUUAUCUCAGGUAUGGUUAAGCUUCAAAGUUCGAGACCUAAUUUGGGGAGUGUCAGCAAACUCUUUGAAAUUGAAGAAGAGGGGAAGAUCAUUUACACAGACUACCAGAUUAGUGGGUCCAUAAUAGGAGAGCUGAGCUGCUUAACUCAGGAACCCAUGAAAUACUCUGCCAUCUGUAAAACUGUCGUGGAGACAUGUUUUAUCUCUAUCUUUCACUUGCGUGAAGCCUUUGAGAAGUGUUGUCCAGCCCUAGAGUACAAAAUGUGGCUAAAGCUUGCACUUUCAAUAGGUACCAAAAAAGUUAAGGAAUGCUUGGCCUACCAGGAUUGGACAUACAAGAUGCAUUUACAGCUUUCCAAUGUAUAUGUGAAGAGUGUUCCAAUAGGGAUAAAAACUGAUAUUUAUGAUGAAACUGUGGAACAUGUCAUUCUUAUACAUGGAAGCGUAGAAGAUUGUCAGUUACGGAAGCUUUACUUGGCCCCAUUUCUCAUACCUAAAACUUGCCAUCAGGUACAAGGCACUUCUAAAAUUACAAAACUUCUGGUGAUGCAGACUUCCGUCAAUGUAAAGAAAUGCAUGAGCAAUAUUUCAAAAUAUGUCCCUUUGUGCAAACAUAUUACCAGAACAAGUGUUGGAAGCUUCUCUGAAACAAUAGAAAGAAGCCCUGAGAGUGAAGUGCACUUAACCAUCGACAUGGUAAAAUGACAGCAGGUCCUUUGAGAAGGUGAAUUGAACUGAUCAGGAAGCUCUUUCUGCCAAGGUGUCCAUUUUCUGCCUUUUCAUGUCAUGAAAUUAGCUGAAACCUGAGCCUGAGGAUUGAUGUUACAGCCUGUUCAAGAUUUUUCAUCAAGCUGUCAAAAUCGGUUGCUAUGGAAUCCUUUAUCAGGAAUUGGAUCCCACAGUUUUAUAGGAAAUGGCAAGACUUUGUGUAUAUAAAUGCAUGCAUAUACGUGUGUGUGUCUAUACAUACAUAUAUACAUACACACACACACACACACCUAUUGCUUGAAUACUCUAGGAUUAUUUUCCUUCACUCACAGCCACAAAAUAAGCUUGUGCCACUCAAGUGUUUUAGUAGUGAUUUCAAAAUUCGAUCAUGUAGGCAUAAUUCUAUAUUUAUGUCAAAUGGUAAUCUCUCUAGCCAUGGCUUCUGAAAAUGGGCUAGAUUCACUUAACUGGCAAGAUGGGAGCAAGGGGAGGCUUGGCAAAAUCCAACAGGCCUGUGUCUGCUCCCAGGAGACAGCAAGACUUGGUGGGGAGGAAAGCACACUCCUGCUCCCACCUUCAUGCUUCAGCUCUCGUGUCAUUUUCCCUACAUUUUGCGUCAUUGCUCUUGAGGAAAGGUUGAAGAGGAGAGUCAGAGAAUGAGACAGGUGGAUCUUAAAAAAAGAGAAGAGGAGACCGAGAUAAGGAGAAUAAAGCAGAGACCAGAAAGUACGCAAGGAUAAACUGUCAGAUGAGAUACCCAAAAAGAGGAACUUUGUGAACAUUUUAUACCUUCUCAGGCUCCAGAGCCUGGUAAAGUGGGGUUUUCUUCUAAUGAGAAAUAAAACCAGGAGUAUAGUUGA